UCGGCCGCGGUCGGCCGCCCGCAGCACCGCGCGGCGGGAGGAGCGAAGAUGGCGGGAGGGUGCGGCCAAGAGGCUGCUGGGAUUGUGGCGGACCCAGCGGCAAAAUGGCGGCCGUGCGGCCAGGGAGAGGCUCCUUCAAGGUGCUCUCGUCAGUUCCUCUUCAGAUGCUGUUUCACGUCAGUGGCCUGUACUAUGCCCUGUACUUCCUAGCUACAUUCCUGAUGAUUGCAUAUAAAAGUCAGGUUUUCAGCUAUCCUUGUAACUAUCUGGUCCUGGAUCUGGUCCUCUUGCUUCUGAUGGGGAUUCUCGAAGUAGCUCGGCUAUACCUAGGCACGAAAGGCAACCUGACCGAGGCUGAAGUGCCACUGGCUGCCAGCCUGGCAUUCACAGCACUCAGUGGCCUCCUUUCUGUUCACUUCCUGCUCUGGCAGACCUUGGUACUGUGGAUGGACUCGGUCCUCAGCACCAUUCUCCUGGUGCUGCAUGGGCUGGAGGCUGGCUUGCAAGUGGUGGUCAUUGCUGACUUCAUCAGGUAGACAGACCAGGAUAACCUACAGAGCAGUGCUCCUUAGCUUCCAGUCAACUCCUUUGCUCCCAGACACAAAGGGUAUCUUUUUUUUAUUGAUUGUCUGUAGAUGGAUGUAAAUAGUUUAUAAAUCUUUUUUAGUGAGGGGGGUAUGGGAACCAGGGAGGGACAAACUUAGGAGCCUAGAUGUUGAAGUUGGCCAUCACGGACAGUAGUCAAUCCCAAGAUGUCCUCAUGUCAUGUGGCUGGGGUCCUGGCUGUAGCAGCAGGACCACCAGUGAUUGCCAGGCCAGUGGAAGGCAAAGCCCUUCAGGAAGUCAACAUCUGAGGGCAGCCCAGAGCUCCACCCUGUCUCAGCCCCAGACAGCAGCAUCCUGGCAGAAGGACUUGGCUCUGUUGCUCUGUCACCAUGGGUUUUCUCAAAGGAAUGACUGACUUCCGUGCUUCCCACACUGGCCCUGCUUCUUGU